UUGCAACGCAAGGAAGCAGAACCUGUUUCCCCUUGCACAACCAGAUCAGAGAAGUAGAUCAGGGAAACCUCCAUGCACAAACCCAACGUCCCCAUACACGGGUUUAAACCUCACGUUAAACAUCACGUCCCCAAUAAGACUAUUCCUAGUCGGAGGGGGAAGGAUCCCCGCACCCUAGUAAGGCUCACGGACGGCCGCUACGAUAGACCAUCUAGUACGGCAAACGUCGCAUCGUCCACAGUGGUAUACACAAGCCCCUACAACACGAGCUCUUCCAACGCCAACGUCACCCACGCCUCGGACCAACGCAUCCGCUCGGCAACCACGCCAACUUUCACACCAUUAUCCCUACGCAGCUUACCCACCAGCCUCGCAUGCACCGCCUCUGCCUCCAGAGACACCUACCCGUCCCAGUUAUCAGCCACGCCUCCCGCGAGGAAUCCAAAAGGGUGAGAAGAGAAAGAGUGAGAGCACGACAACGACUAAUGCGUAUACUCACCAUCGCCAGCGCAUCCACCACUAAAGCACACUAAGCACGGUGCUCCGCCUCCUCAACCACGGGGGCAGGCCGCUCCACCGUCCCAACCGGCCGCUCCAUCCUCUCGCGAGGGUACCACGGACAAAGAGACGUAAAAGGUAGCCACCACCACCUCCGUAGCCACUAGUCCCUAGUCAGGUUGGUUGCCCCCCCAACCCGGAGCCGUACUCCAACGUACCGAGAGAGGAGAGGAAAGGGAAGAAGACGCGACCACGCGAGAAUAGGUAGGGGAAACCGUCCCUAUAUACCCCUCCUCCACGGGGUAUAAGUGUAUGCACGGACCCUCUCCUCUAAUAAGAGAA